AUGUCUGAUUUCCCUAUCAGUCAACCGUUGCAUGGCGAAGGCAUUAAAAGUGGUCUGACUUGUGUUGUUUUACAUCUUUUGCUGUCUGCCUACUGUUACUGGCAUACGAUCUGGCAACAUACAGAAACUUGGAUUCAAAUAGGGACAAGCUGGUAUGAAAAUGAGGGCAAUGUGGGUAAAAGUGUUUUUAAAUACUUUUGCUCUUCAACUGACCCUGUCAGUUCAGUAUGAGUUUGGGGAUCUAAUUGCAUUUGAUCGAAAAUCCCCGUUUAAACAAGAUGUGACCGCCUACAUUCACUGGGCUGUAUACGUGGGUAAGGGAAAGAUCGAAGGGCUGGAGUGGAAAAAACCAGAUGAGGACAUUUUCCAUAUCACUGGUUAUGUCCCACCUAAGGGAUCUGACUGUAUAUUUGAUAAAAUGAGUGAUGUCUCUGGUGAGCCCAGGAAGUUCAACUACCUGGACCAAAAACUGAAAGUUAGAAGUAAAGAAGAAAUGAUACAAGUCAUAAGGGAAUUACACAAAAAUUGUGGGUAUUGGGAUCCGCUGAUGAACAACUGUGAGCAUCUAGUAACUUAUAUUCGCUACGGAGAAAAACACUUUGAACAGAUCGGUGCCCAAGCUGCUUCAUUAUGCAAAUUAAAGUUGCCAACUUUCAAGUAUCCGGUGGAGAAGAAGAAGAAGGGCGCCAAACGAUCUCUCUCUUCCCAUCUUGAAAACUGCAAGUCAGGACAGUGCUAAGCAUGAUGCAGUUUUUUUCUCUGUGCCUUUUUCAUCCUCACAGAAACACUGAAAUUGUUUUAAAUUAAUUUAAAUAUUUAAAUAUUAAAUGUAAUCAUAUAAAUAUUAAACUAUAAGCAUGCAUCUCA